AUGUUAUUGAAGGACACAAACAUAAAGAGAUACUUCUUCAUACAACAGAAUGCAUUCAGAAGGCUUGGAUUUGAUUUGAAUUCUGUGGAACAUACAUUACGACGACCAUGGAUGGCUUGGAUGCCGUGUUUUGCCAUCCUUACAAUUAUAGCAUGUAUGGGGAGAUUUGUAUUGGAACAUCUAACAGAUGUCGAUAUGGUUGCGGAGGCAUUGUCACCCUUAUUGCAAAGUACUUUGAGCGUUUGGAAAUUAUUUUUGUUUGUAUAUAAUCGUCGUGAAAUAGUAUUAUUGAUAAAAGUUAUACAUCGCAAGGGUUCGAAAGCUACUUCCGAUGAGUUGGUAAUCAUAAAGCGACAGAAUCACAGUGACAUGUUAUUAAGUACUUUCUAUUCUACUGGAGUUCUACUGACAUCUUGUUUAGCUAUUAUAACUCCGAUACUAAUGGGUGCCAUAAUGUAUUUUCAACAUGAAAUUGUAAUAUUUAAGACACCUUUUCAGGGCAAUUAUCCUAUAGAUAUAACAAAAUUUAUGAAUUAUGCGGUUCUUGUUUUGUGGAGCGCAUAUGGAAUAAGUUUCAAUGCCUUUAUAUCAAUCGGAGUUGAUUGUCUCUACUCAUGGCUGGCUCACAAUAUAAUAGCACACUUUUGUAUUCUGAAGAGAAAGCUAUCUAAAUUAGGCAUUGCACGAUCAACGACUUUUACAUCUUCAAUUAAAGAAUGUAUACAAUAUCACAAUGAUACUAUCGAAAUGGUCAAAAAGUUAAAUCAACUGUAUCAGCCCAUAAUAUUUGUUAUUUUGGUUAUAAAUUGUGUGCAAUUAUGCUUUUUGGCUUAUCAAGUGGGCCGAGGAGUUUCAAUGGCAAAUAUACCAUUUCUGGUAAUAUUCUUAGCAGCAGUGGCUAUACAAUUGAUAAUAUAUUGCUCAGGAGGACAACAGAUACAAGAUGUGAGCACAUCCGUGGCCAUUGAGGUAUACAAUACUCCAGAUUGGACCAUGGUGCCUGUGGAUAUGAAACCUCUUAUGUUGCUUACUAUAAUGAGGGCACAGAAGCCAUGCCUUAUAUCCGCAUUUUUCUUCAGAGUUAACUUAGGCCUUUUUUUAUCGGUCCUAAAGACUGCUGCUUCAUUUGUAACUUUACUAAAAAGUUUGGGUGAAUGA